AUGACUCUCUAUAAACUGACAAUGCUCACACAGCAGGCAACCGAUCGUACAGACAGAUGCUGGCGGCCUCCUCGCACCUUGAAGUCCAUGCCUCCCGUAUUUCCAAAUGGAUGGAUACCCGUGCUGGAAUCCCAUCAACUGUGUACUGGUCAAGUCAAGAGCCUGGAUGUUCUCGGCCUCCAUCUAGUGGCAUUCAGGUCCGAGGACGGCGAGGCCCACGUGAUGGACGCCCACUGUCCCCACCUGGGGGCCCACAUGGGCCACAUGGGUCGUGUGGUGGGCGACUGCAUCGAGUGCCCUUUCCACGGCUGGAGGUUCAGAGGAAAGGACGGAGCCUGCACCCACGUACCGUACAGCGCGAAAGUACCGGAAUUCAUCAGAGCCAAGACCUGGCUCUCCUGCGAACUGCUGGGGCUUCUCUUCAUCUGGUACCACGCGGAAGACGAACCACCGUCGUGGCACCUUGUGGACUGCCCUGAAAUCAGCAGUGGGCAGUGGAAAGUAGAACGUCGGUUCGAGCACACCGUUCACUGCCACAUCCAAGACAUCGCCGAAAACGGCGCCGACGUAGGACACUUUAAUAAACUCCACAAGGCAUCGUGCCUCAUGACCAGCGACCAGUUCGCCAAGACCGGGGGCUUGUGCUGGUGGGGACAACUAGCGACUCACUCGUGGGAUGCGAAGUGGACUUCCAACGGUCACGCGGCCUCCGUGAAAGUGGACACUAGCGUUUCUCUGCUGGGGUUUUCACCGGACUUCCUAAAGCAGCACGUGGACGUGCGACAGGUCGGGCCGGCCCUGGUCAUCUUGCACAUGAAGGGCCGUCACGGAGACACCCUCAUCGUGCAGGCGCUGAUUCCCGAGGGUCCGUUGCGGAUUCGGGUUUUACACAGUUUUUUUCCAGAGCCAGGGCAACCGUGGCUCAUGCGCUGGAUAUAUGUCGCCGGAUUUAGAAGCAUGGUCGAGAGGGACAUUGCCAUCUGGAACCAGAAGACGUACCUCAAGCAGCCCUGCCUCGUGAAGGAGGAGAGGUCUAUCGCGGCCUUCCGCAAGUGGUACUCCCAGUUCUACAGCACCAACAGCCCCACGUGGCAGGAUGUGCGCGAUCAAUCUCUGGAGUGGUGA